CAUCUUCAUCGCAUCGCACCGUACGACAAGGAGGAGGAUCGCGUUCGGACCGACGGAGAGCAAACCCAGGAAGCAAUGGAGGAGCACGGCACGGGAGGCCACCCGAGCCCGGAGCCCACCGCAGAAGUGCCAGUGCCAGUACCAGUGCCAGUGCCAGCAGAUGCGGAAGCAGAAGCGGCACCGGCGGCGAACCGGGGCAGCACGGGAAUUUCCGAUGCGGGAAUUGCGGACGCGAAGAACGAAGCGGCUGCCACCGCAAACGGAGGUGCAAAGGCAACUUCAACCUCAGCCGCAAAGAAAACCUCGAAGGACGGCUCCAAUGCCGGUGGAACGAACGACGAAAAACAACACCAGAACGAAGCAGAAGCAGAAGCAACAGCAACAGCAACAGCAACAGCAACACUAGAAGAAGAAGCAACAGCAGAACCAAGAACAGAGGAAGAAGAAGCAACAGCAACAGAAACAGCAGAAGCAACAGCAGAAGCAACAGCAACAGAAACACCAGAAGCAACAGCAACAGCAGAAGCAGAAGCAGAGGAUUCCCCCUCACGGAGCAGCCGCCGCCCUAGGCGUUCCCGCCUCGCCGCGAUGGAAGCCAUGGCCGCCGCUUCGGAGCCGUCCCGGAGGGCCGCUUCUUCUUCUUCUGCCGCUGCUUCUUCUGCUUUUGGGCAAGGACGGAACCAGGCACAAGCACAAGCACAGCCGCAGCCGCAACCGCAGCGGGACCUCGACGCCCUCGACGCCGGCCGGCUGGUGGAGCAGAACAAGCACCUCCCCUCGAGCGGGCAGCUCUACCCGGUCCACGGAAGGAUCGAGGGCCCGGAGGCCCGAGAGGGGCGGAUCCCGGAGCGCUGGAGGGUGCGCUGGAUGGAUCCGAGGGAGCGGAUUGGCACCAGCAACAAACGCAGCAGCAACAUCAUCAACAGCAGCAGCAACAGCAACACCACCACCACCAUCCUCCUCGAGGACGAGUGGACCCGGGCCGAUCUCUCUUCCCACGACGCGCUGCUGGAGAGCGGGCAGAACCCCUUCCGGGCCUACCAGGGMAGCAGGGGCGCCCGCUGCGGGCCUUCCCUCGGACACGCCCUCGACACCCUCCGGAAACGCUACCAGAAGCUCGUCCUCCGGGACAUUGAGCACGAGUCCUUUGCUGCUGGCGCGAGCAGCACCACCGCAUCCACGUCCACGUCCACGUCCGCGUCCACCAGAUCGUCCGCCGGAGACCUGCUGCCGACGCUGGUCCUCGUCGCGGCGCUGGAAGACGCCCUCCAGGCCUCGCUCAGGCACCAGCACGCCAGCGAGCUCGAGCGCAGGAGCACCGAAACCGGAAGCGGCGAACMAGACGCCACCGGAACCAGGAGGACCAAGAGCCGGAACCGAGCCGGAACCGAAGCGGCGGGGGCCUACCACCACCCGCCCCUCUACUAUACCUCCAAUCCCAAUUCCUACCUGGCGGCUCCCUCCGCCGAGGCCGAUGCGGAGGAGGCCCUGGCCCGCAGGAUGGAAGCCCUGAACCCGAGGGCGGUCCUCACGCCGGCGGUCCUGGCGCAGCGGAUCCGGGACGGCUGCCGGUGGGCCCACGACUACCUCCGCCAGCAGCACCAGCAGCAGCAGCAAAAGCAGCACCAGCAGCACCAUACCAACGACAAAAACAACGACGAAGACCUACACCACCUACACCCGGACCACGACUCGAUCGUUGCCGCGGCCCUGGAGCUGGAAGACCGCUCGUCCAAAGCAAGGCAGCUCCUCGCACGGGGGGACGGAAGGGAGUCCCCUUCGGCGGAGAUGGAGGGCAACCCCGGGGAGAAGGGUUCCGAACCAAUCCAAGCCGGACWCGGACWCGGACACGAGAGGCACCGCUUCCGGGAGCGGACCCGGGAGCGGACUACCACCCGGACCAGCACCCGGACCAGCUCCCGGGCAUCGGUGGUUGCGGCGGCGACCUCCCGUUCCGGUCCCGCGGGGGUCCCCGAGCCCUGCCCGGUACGGAAGGGGGGGAGGAUCGCCCUCUGGUGGCUGGCCACCCUCGAGGAACACCGCUCGUUCCACCAGGCCAGAGAGCGGCGGCCGGGAGAACAAGAACAAGAAGAACAACAAGAAGAACAAGAACAAGAACAAGAACAACAAGAACCACCAGAAGAAAACGACUCGAGCCGGGACUCCAGCGAGGACUCCGGAACCGCGCGCGAUCCACCACCCCCGCUUUCCCAGAACGGAGGGGAUCCGAAGCACCCUUCUUCUUCCGGAUUACCGAAAUCGAAAUCGAGAUCGAGCUCCAAAUCGAAAUCGAAAUCGAACUCCGAAUCCGAAUCCAAAUCCCCCGACCGCUCUUCCACCGCCAUGGUCACCGGGGAAUCCUACGACGCCGCCAUGGGACCGGCCGACGACGAGGCCACGUCCAAAACCGACGACGACGGGGACUUUGAAAUGUCCCGGGAGGACGAAGACGACGAGGAGGAAGACCGGCUCGAGGGCGUUUCCAGGGAGCGGCCGCUCACCCCCGUCCCCGGUACCGACGACGACGACGACGAGGACGAGGACGGGUCUUCCGAAGAGGAAGAGGACGAAGACGAAGAGGAAAUCGACGAGGAGCAGGCCGUCGUCUGGGACAAUCCCUACCUCGCGCCACCGGUUGAGGCCGUCCUGGAAUACCUCUCCCGGCCCAAGUCCCUCUCGGGAGAGGACGUGCAGGCCGCCGUCGAGGCCGUCCUCCUGAGGCAGCGGCACAACAAGCCGAAACACCUAAGGGCCACCGCCUCCCACUCGCUCCCGGUGGCACUCCUGGAGCCCUGCGACAGGGCCCUCCUGCACUGGGAGCACCAUUGCGACGACCACGACCAGGACUACGGCAACAACAAUAACAACAACAACGGCAACGGCAACAACCACAACAACCACAAGCUGGACGACUCGGAGGUCGUCCUCCGGUGCGUCAGCGGGGAAACCCUCCAGGAACUCCAGCGGCUCGACCCCGGUGCCUUUGGCCGGUGCAAGUUCGAGCUGGACACGAUCGGCAGAAGCACCCACCCGACCCAUCACGGGAACAAACACCCGUACCAGCUUCCCUCCUCCUCCGACACGGCCUUCGACCGCCGCCUUUCCGCCUACCGGGCCCGCAAGCAGCACGACCGAUGGCGCUUCAAAGGCAUCCACGAGGGUCACGCGGUGUGGCCGGCCUGGAACGCCGAGGUGGAGCGGUGGAUCAAGGAGAGGGCCUCCCUCGAGAGCGACAAGGGCAAGGACAAGGGUGGCAACGGCGACGACAAGGACAACCACAACGACAACCACAACCACAACGACAACCACAACGACAACCACAACAACAACAACAACAACAACGACAACCACAACGGCGAGGCCGGGGAACGCGAGAGCGACGAGGCCCUGGCCCGGAGGCUGGCGGACGCCGAGGCGAGCGGGGCAGGCAAGCCCAACGCCACAACAGCUUCGACCGGGAGGCGGUCCACCCGCAGCCGGGGGGCCUCCUCCGGAAACAGCGGCUACGAGGGUGGGGCGGUCUUUUACGGGAACCAGUCCAGCAUGACGCAGAAACAGCUCUCGGACGCCCUGCUGCGGCUGGUCAAAACGGCCACGGAAGGCCCCCGGGUUUCCUCCGCCCCMACCCUGCUGKCCCUGCAGAAACUCGUCGCCGACGACUCCUCCGAUCCGCUCCGGAGGAUACGGAUCGCCCUCGGAAAACUCGUAUGGAAGAGGAACCUGCUGGCCAGGAAAGCCGUUUCCCCGGGGGAGACCGAAKGGGAUCUCUACAGGUCCCUCGCAAGGGGGAAAUCCCUGCUGAGCUUCCGGGAACGCGGGGAAGACCCUUCGGAAGGAGACGGAAGCCAACCGCCGGGGAGGAACCAAGACGGCGACGAGAACCAAGACAGCAACGGCGACAGCGACAGCAACGGCGACAGCAACGGCGACGGCGACAGCAACAGCAACAGCGAAAAGCAGCACUUGCUGGACUACCUCUCCCGCCUCCACCGGACGGAACUCGCGCUGCGGAGCCUGGUCCUCCGCCAGCUCGGGGACAUUCCCAUCCCGGUCCUCGCCACCGCCGCGGACGAGCGGACCGGGACCAUGGAAACCAUGGACGCCCCCGACUUUGAGGACCCCUCGGCGAUCGAAUGGAAGACCUCCGGCAGCGACUGGAUCGGCACCACCAUCUAUCGGCCAGACCUCGAAUCGACGCUGGGGGUCGAAACCACCGCCUGCUACUGGUACCAGAUCAAGGACUUCUCGGAGGCCGUCCCCUCCACCGCGGAGGAUGCCGAGGAGGGAGCGAUGGAGCGCAGGAUGCGCUUCCGGGCCGUUCUCGUUCCAGAGGCACCGAAACAGAAACAGAAACAGCCGCCGGACGCGCUGGUCCUGACCGAGGCACAGGUCAGUGCCGGGGCGAGGGCCGCGGAGCUCCGCAGGCAGCAAGAACCAUCCCGGCGGGCCUCCACCGCCUCCGGCCCGGAUUCCUGGACCUCCCACCCCUUUGCCACCGAAAUCGGGGACCGCAUCACCCUGGUGGCCCUCGACGACGACGAGGGGGACGGCGGUGGCAGUUGCGACGAAGGAACCGCGGACCAACGCGCCGGCCCUUUGGAGAUCUCCUGCCGGGUGGUCGGGCACGACAGCGUUGCCGAAGGCGAUGGCACCAACAAGGACGACGGCGGCGACGGCGGCGACGACGAAGCCGGGGUGGAGUUCCGGAUCCUCGUCCUGCCCGAGGGCAAGCCCAGCGGCGAAGCCGAUGCCGAGGGGAACGCAUCGGCCCCCGCCGGUCCUCCGGUUCCCUUCUGGGCCACGCUGGACGUCCGGGCCGACGAUGCSUCCUACGUCUGCCAGCCCGACGGGACCUCGCGGUGGUACUCGAUCGAGUACCAGGAUUUCCACGCGGAUUCCGAGCCCUACAAGGCCUGCCAGGCGAUCCUCGACUGGCUCUCGCGCCAGAGCAAGGCCAUGCCCUUUAUGGAACCCGUCGAUCCGGUGGCCCUGGGGAUCCCUACCUACCCCGACAUCGUCAAGCACCCCAUGGACAUUUCCACCAUGGCCAAGAAACUCGAGAACGGGGCCUACUCGAGCAUUCCACCGGGCCAGUCGGUGGGAAACAGCCUUGUCUGCCGCAUGCUCAACGGACCCUUCCGCAAAGACGUGGAGCUCAUCUUUGACAACGCCACACUCUUCAACCCCCCCGACGACUGGAUCGCCGUGGCGGCGACGGCYCUCAAGAAGAGCGUCACCAAAAAGAUCGACGCRGCGGCCUACGCGGCGGAAAAAAAGAAUGCCGGCGGCGACGGAAACCAGCGCGGGAGCCUCUACGUCGACGAGGAUUCCGACGUCGACAUGUACGAGUACGAGACCGACCACGACGAGGACUUUGGAACGACCCGGAGGGGCAAGCGGAAACGGGCCACCGCCCGGACCAAGGGCAGCAAGGACGAGGCGGCCGCGCGACCGAUGGAACACCCGAUCAAGCUGCAGAACUGCCUCCGAGACGGGAACGACCUCCGGGGCCGCUUUUCGGGCCUCCCACUGAACAGGGCCGCGGGGACCUAUGCCAUGCCCCCCGGCUGGAGCUGCCGCGCCGCCACCCGGGGACAAGGUGCAAAAGCCGGCGGGGAGGAGAACGACAACGACAACGAGAACGAGAGCCAAAACGGUUCCGAUGGAGAGGAAGAUCCCCCCGCCGCGUCGGAGGAAGACCGGGAGCACGCGCGGGAAAUGGAGGAUCUCCUCGCCCUGCACAAGCAGCUGGGGGAGGCCGAAACCUCCGGCCUAAGGCGAUCGUCGCGAGAGUCCCGUCCGACCUCUGCCCGCCGAUCGUCGGCCAAGAAAAAAGACUCCGUCCCCAAGACGGAGGGCCUCGAAUACUACCCGAUCCACGCCCACGCCCACGCCAGUGGAGAUGCCGGUGUCGAGAAGACCAAAACGAAGCCCUCCUCCUCCCGGCUGGACGUGGAAAUCGCGCAGGAAAAGCUCCACGAGGACUACUACGCGGGUCUCUACCAAAAACACGAAAAGGACCUGGUGGGCGGCGAGGGUGGGCACGCGGUCUACUCCAGCGGAUCAUUUCCGCCCUACCUCGGCCGGGUACUCCCCUCCCGGAACCAGAAGGGAUCGAGCUGGGAAAUUCGUUCCUCCUUUGUCGUCCCCGCCCUGCGCUGGGUGAUCCGCGGCCUGGUCCGCUCGGGGCACCUGACCGCCACCGAGCCCAUGUCCAGCGGGGGCGCCGGGGCCAGCAACCACGACACGUCCGCCGGCUCGAUCCUCACCAACGACGUCUACUACCGGGACCCGGCUGCGGUUCCCUUUGGGGUCCUCGACACCCGGGGGCUACACCGGAAGAAGCGCGCCGGAAACCAGAGCGGGGACGAUUCCAGCGAGGACGAGGUCGAGAUGAGCGAGUACGAAAAGCUCCGGGCCGAGCGCGUGGCRAGGAACGCSGAGCGCCUGAAGCUUCUGGGACUGGCGUAGCUACCACAMCCGAGGAUGGAAGGGCCAAGAGGUGGGUAUCUCUCUGGUUUGGAGCUUGGCCGUCCAGCGGAAGGUGCAGACMAACACAAACGACGGAACAAAGCCCACGCGUUGCCACCGAUCAUUCUUAGAGAAAACUAGAGAAUUCUAUUACUAGUUUUCAUGAUUCAGUUCACUCGGAAUCUAACCCUUUCAAAAGCUUCGGAUGUCUAGCAUUUGGCUUCAAUUCUUUCGCUUGAUUUCUGGGGGAUGAGACUUAAAAAAUAAUAGCAUCAGUUACCACGUAUUUAGUUGUAUGAUCUAGUUACUCGGUAUGGCUGCUUUCUCCUCGACGAUUCAUAGUUGAAGAGACACAAAAACAACCAUUUCACACGUAUAAUUUACAAGUAUAAAAUGUUGGGUGAGAAGACUGUUUUCUUCGUUUCGCUGAGGGACUUCUCAUCGUUUCGAUUCGUCGUUACGCAAGAUACAAAUCGGCGUACAAGUACGGAUUGACCAAAUCUUCUGUGGUGACCAUUGUCCCUGUCUGGUAACCCGCAAAUUCGAACUCUGUUCCCGUGACGAUCAUAUAAUUUUCGGAUACGUAAUUGGGUCCAUUGGCCACGAAUGCGCCGACGCUCUGAAUGGGAGUCUUGGUGUUCCCAGCAUUGCCGUUCUUGCGGUUUCCGUUUCGGGUYCGGUCGGCCAGCAAUCCAAGGACGAUCUCAUAGGUGCACAUAAGAUCRUCGCCCGCUUCGGAAAUACCGGUGCAGAGCGUGACAAAUGUUCCCACCGGYACGUCGCUCAUGAGAUUGUCGUCGUAGUCCUCCCAAUAAUAGAUUUGUCCGUUUAGAGCGAGAGUGUCACCCACCCCAAAGUCUCCUGCAGCYGGGCUUCCGGCUUCCUCUCUGACCAUAAUGAAUCGCAUGAAGUCUUUGUARGGUCGGUCGGGUCGCGGCGGCUUGGGCUUCUCCACGGCGUCAUCGUCGUAGAUUGGCUUGCCUGUGACGUUCUUGCACUUUUUCUUAUCGUGCUUGURGUGCUUUUCUUUCUUGUCCUUUUUUGAUUUCUUAUCCUUCUUGUGACUCUUCGAGUAGAAACUUUCGCAUUCGUAAUAGUCGUCCGCUCCUUUGUGACCGUGGUGCUUGCCCCCGUUUCUUGAUCCGUAUCUGCCGGCCAGGUUUCGUGCUCUCAGACUCGUAAGCUGCCUUUGUUCUGGGUCCAUGGAAUUUGUAUCGAUUUUGUUUCUAAUUCCGUCGCUUUUCGUUCUGCUAUCGCUAUACGUCGUUUGAAAGUCAUAGAAUGGGGUCAACUCCGCAUUGACAGCCAACAAAGCACAUCCGAUGAGGACUAGGAAGCUUAGUGAAAUAGACGAUUGUGUCAUGA